AUGACGAGCAUCAGUGGAGAGCACUCCGAAUCUGUAGGGGGUUCAUCCGUAGCACAGCCAAGCAUUUCGAACAUCGACGCCUCUAGUGAUUGCGGCCCCCUGGAACGCAAGCGAAAGUCCUCACGUUCGCCCUCUCCUUUCGCAGCGAGAGACGCAAUCAAGCUGAGCGAGGAGGCUGAAGCAGGCCCUUCUCGACCACUGCCCUCCAAACAAGCUCGUCCAGACGGCCAGCAAUCAGCGCAAGAGAGAAACAAAGCUAAGAAGCGUCAAAAAGCGUUGAGGAAACAAUGGGCUGAGCAGGUCGCCAAGACUGGAGAAAAGCCGAUUCAUCAUGAUAUCGUGGAGAUGCUUGGAGCGGACCUUGUCGAGCGGCUUAUCAAAGAAGGCAAAGAAUUUGAGGAGAGAAUGGACAGGAAGGAGUAUACACUGACAAUCGAUAGGCUCAGCUCUUAUGGCGAGGGGCUAGCAAUAUCACCGGAUGGGGACUGGGUGAUCGCGAUUCCACAUGCGUUGCCUGGGGAGCUUGUUCGAGCUUACGUCUUUGGUAACGAGCGGCUGUAUGCCAAGGCACGCCUUGUCGAAGUGGUCGAACGCGCACCUCUCCGGCAAGAAGCAGCUUGCCAGUACUUCAAGUCGUGCGCGGGUUGUCAAUAUCAGCAUCUUGGCUACGACGAGCAGCUUCGCAUCAAGCGAGAUGUCAUCAUCAAGGCUUACAAGCAUUUCUCCAAUCUACCGCCGGAUCUCAUCCCCGACAUAGCACCUACUCUACCCUCACCAGAACAAUUUGGCUACCGAACAAAACUCACGCCGCACUUUGAGCUGCCUUUUCAAAUUCGAGCGUUUCAUCGGAGCAAGGGCAAGAAAUCAUUGCCUGCCGUCCAGCCAGAGCUGCAGAUCGGCUUUGACCGCAUUGACGGGCCAGGUGUUCUGGACAUCGAAGAGUGUCCGCUGGCGACUCGCGUCAUCAACGAAGCUCUGCCUGACGCUCGUCAAGGUGUCAAAUCGAACAUUUCGAGCUUCAAGAAUGGAGCGACUCUUCUGCUUCGGGACUCCUUGCGCUCCCAUGACCCUGAAGAUGUGGCCUGCGAAGUCGUCAGAGAUCACAACGCAAGUGUGCGCGAGCGUGUAGAUAGCAUGAAGUUCGAGAAUCCUGCAGGCGCAUUCUGGCAGAAUAAUCGCUCCAUCCUUCCGUCGGUCAUCGCGUACGUUAGACAAGCGAUUGUGGACCAUCCUCCAGCGCCUUGGUCGGACGACUCGAAAAGAUACCUUGUCGACACGUACUGCGGGUCCGGCUUCUUUGCGCUGUGUUUGGCGGAUCUUUUCGAAAAGGUAUCGGGUGUGGAGCUUUCGAAGGAUAGCAUCAAGUAUGCAAAAACGAACGUGAAGCUGAAUGGAAUCAAGAAUGCCGACUUUCUGGCCGGCAGCGCUGAAAACAUCUUCUCUCAAAUCAGCUUUCCAUCCCAUAUGACGACCGUGGUGAUAGAUCCGCCCAGGCGAGGCUGCGAUGUGCCCUUCCUGGAGCAGCUGCGCAAGCUCAGCCCUCACCUCAUCGUCUACGUAUCUUGCAACGUCCACACUCAAGCUAGAGACAUCGGAUGGCUGCUCGAGGCGGAUCCUGACUACAAGAUCGUCUCGAUACGAGGGGCCGACUUCUUCCCACAAAGUCAUCACGUUGAGAGCAUUGCGGUGCUUCACAAGCCAAACAAGCCGGCAGGCCCGCCGUCGUAG